AUAGAGAAGGCCGUUAUUGUCAGUUGGUCGUAGUUCAGAGAGUUGAACAGAUUUCAAUCCAUGAAUAUCGGAACCCUAAUUCACCACUCUCACCUUCCCUGCUUUCGCUACCGAACCAGUGCCCCAAACUUCAAAAUUCAAAAAACUUUACACCAAACUAGUGUGCGAAUCCUGAAAUGCAGAAGCAAGCUACGGAUUGGUGCAAACUCUAAUUACCAGAACAGUGGUAGCGAUGUCGGUACUCAAAUUCUGCAAGUUGGAGAAGGAACGGAAGAGGAAAUUGCAGCGGUGGAGGAAUCGCAACUAUCUGGGGAGGAAUUGCUGAAGGAUAGUAGUUUAUGGAAUCAAAUUACGGAAAUCAUAAAAUUUUCCGGUCCUGCGGUCGGUCUUUGGAUCUGUGGUCCGUUGAUGGGAUUGAUUGAUACAGCAGUUGUUGGUCAGGGCAGCUCAGUCGAGCUUGCAGCUUUAGGGCCAGGGACAGUUUUGUGUGAUUAUGCAAGCUAUUUGUUCAUGUUCCUUUCCAUUGCCACUUCAAAUUUGGUGGCUACAUCCCUUGUUAAGCAGGACAAAACUGAGGUGCAACAUCAGAUAUCUAUACUGCUGUUCAUAGGAUUGGCUUGUGGUGUCCUAAUGCUUUUCUUUACAAAGUUUUGUGGUCGUUGGGCCUUGACGGCUUUUUCCGGGGCGAAGAACACAGAUAUAAUAAAUGCAGCAAAUACAUAUGUGCAGAUUCGAGGUUUGGUAUGGCCGGCAUGGCUUAUGGGAUGGGUUGCUCAAAGUGCAAGCUUAGGAAUGAAAGAUUCAUUGGGACCUGUCAAGGCUUUGGCUGUUGCAAGUGCUAUUAAUGGUGUUGGUGAUGUAGUAUUAUGCAGAUUUCUAGGGUUUGGGAUAGCUGGAGCUGCAUGGGCAACAAUGGUGUCACAGGUUGUUGCAGCUUACAUGAUGAUUGAGGCAUUGAACAAAAAAGGCUACAAUGCUUUCUCCAUUUCUAUUCCAUCACUCGAUGAGUUUCUUCAGAUAUUCACUCUCGCAGCUCCGGCAUUUGUGGCAAUCUUAUCAAAGGUCACAUUCUAUGCCAUGCUUGUCUACUUCGCUACAUCAAUGGGUACCAAAACUGUUGCUGCUCAUCAGGUGAUGAUACAAUUGUACUGUAUAUGCGCCGUCUGGGGAGAGCCUCUUUCCCAAACAGCCCAGUCAUUCAUGCCUGAGCUGAUGUAUGGGACCAACCGUAGUUCGAAAAAGGUCCGAGAGUUAUUGAAGUUACUGAUCAUCAUCGGUGCAUUAAGUGGACUUAUAUUGGGAUCUAUCGGGACAUCACUUCCCUGGCUCUUCCCCAAACUAUUCUCCUCUGAUCCUGAAGUCAUGCAAGAGAUGAGGAAGGUGCUAUUGCCUUUCUUUGUUGCACUAUUUGCUGCACCACCUAUAAAUUGUCUGGAAGGCACAUUAAUGGCUGGAAGAGACUUGACGUUUCUGGGUGUAACAAUGACUGGGAUCGCCUGUUUAAAUACACUUCUUUUGCAGGUAUUGAGCAGGACGGGAUAUGGCUUAAUUGGAAUAUGGUUCGCGCUGAUGUCGUUUCAAUUGGCUCUGUUUACUGUUUUGCUUCGAAGGCUAACCUUACGAGAUGGAUUGCUGUACUAUAGUCAUCAACUUGGGAGUAGCUAAAUUCGGAGGGAGGUCGACAUUAUGGAGGAUAUACCUUGACCACAUAAUUGUGUAUCUGCACAUGUUAUCCAUCUUUUUUGGCUAAUUGUUGUAUCUAGAUGGAUAUUCAUAUGCUCAAGUUUUUCGUUCACGAGAAAAGCCAUGACAAAGUCAAAUUGUUAACUAAAAUUCUCAAUACAAUGUAUUCUAGCUCAAACACAGAGGUAUUGCAUGAAUUCAUUUAGCGAUU